CUUCUCUCCCCUCCCUCCCUUCAGUUGGCCGCAGGAGCCUGGGACUCCACCCGGGGAGCUCCUUACCCACAGGCCUGCUGACCCACCGGCUUAGGAGCGCCCAUCAAGCUCUGGGAAUGUGCCUGGGAGAGGCAGCCUGAGAGGCGGGUGGAGCAGCAGAGCAGCAGCCACCGGAGGCAGCACACAGGUCAGCGUGGAGGUGCCGGGCCACCAUGCUCAGUCUCAAGCUGCCCCAGCUCCUUCAGGUCCACCAGAUCCCCCGGGUGUUCUGGGAAGAUGGCAUCAUGUCUGGCUACCGUCGCCCUACCAGCUCGGCCUUGGACUGUGUCCUCAGCUCCUUCCAGAUGACCAACGAGACAGUCAACAUCUGGACCCACUUCCUGCCCACCUGGUACUUCCUGUGGCGCCUGCUGGCGCUCGCGGGGGGCCCUGGCUUCCGGGCGGAGCCAUACCACUGGCCGCUGUUCGUCUUCCUGCUGCCCGCCUGCCUCUACCCCUUCGCGUCGUGCUGCGCGCACACCUUCAGCUCCAUGUCGCCCCGCGCGCGUCACAUCUGCUACUUCCUGGACUAUGGCGCGCUCAGCCUCUACAGCCUGGGUUGUGCCUUCCCUUAUGCCGCCUACUCCAUGCCGGCAUCCUGGCUGCACGGCCGCCUGCACCAGCUCUUUGUGCCCGCCGCCGCCCUCAAUUCCUUUCUGUGCACCGGCCUCGCCUGCUACUCCCGGUUCCCCGAGCUAGAAAGCCCUGGGCUCAGUAAGAUCCUCCGCACAGCUGCCUUCGCUUAUCCCUUCCUGUUUGACAACCUCCCUCUCUUCUACCGGCUUGGACUGUGCUGGGGCAGGAGCCACAACUGUGGGCAGGAGGUACUGAGCACCAGCCAUGUCUACCACCUCCUCUGCGCGCUGCUUACUGGCUUCCUCUUCGCCUCCCAUCUGCCUGAGCGGCUGGCACCAGGACGCUUUGACUACAUCGGCCACAGCCACCAGCUAUUCCACAUCUGUGCUGUGCUGGGCACCCACUUCCAGCUGGAGGCAGUGCUGGCCGAUAUGGGAUCCCGCCGAGCCUGGCUGGCCAUGCAGGAACCCGCCCUGGGUCUGGCAGGCACUGUGGCCACACUGAGCUUAGCAGUGGCCGGUAAUCUACUCAUCAUUGCUGCCUUCACAACCUCCCUAUUUCGGGCCCCCAGUACCUGCCCCCUGCUGCAAGGUGGCCUGCUGGAGGCGGGUACGAAGGACAAAUACCAGUGAGGCCCCAUCUCUAUGCCUACCCUGGAGGGAGACAGGGGCCAGGCCUGGUGCUGCAGAGGAGCCUGAUAAAGUGGCACACUUCUGAGCCUGGAACCAAGAGUGGCUGAAGAAAGAGUGCAGGGGAGAGAAGGCAGAGAGGAGAGGAGCUAGGGAUGCUGGCAGAGAGCAGGCUGGUCAGUGCAGGUGCUCUGGAAGGGACUGGGGGAAGUGCUGAGGGUCUGAGAGGGGAGGUGCAUGUGUCUAGGCUGGGAUGGAGAGGUGUUGGGGUCCCUUUGUCUGGUCCCAUUUCUGGUGCUCCUGAAGGCUCUGCUUAGCCCAGGGAAGAACUAACACAACUAACUAACUACCCUGAAUGCUUGUUAACCAGGCCGGGAGGCCCACUACUGCCCCCCCACCCGACUAGGCAGUGCUGUGUGCUCUCUGUCCCGGCCAGAGCCAUGUACUCAAGGUGACUUUGGGGUCUGGAUCUAUUUGGGUGUCCCAUGGUGCAGUGUGCUGAGGUGGGGCGAGGGGUGCUGGGCUAGAGGUGGGAACCCUAGGUGGACUUCAGGAAGCCACCUUUAAUGCUUCUGGAACAAGGCAAGUACAAACCAAUAAAUCAACAGACUCUGAGAAACAA